AAAAUUAGAAGCAAUUUUUUGUUAGCAAUCGUACAUGUCGGAAAUGAAAAUCUGAGCAAGAAAGUCGUUCAAAGUUCACGAAUCAAUUAAUUCUAGACUGACACAACUGGUUUGAGAGAGAGAUCAAUCUUUAUUUAUGAGGUUUAAUUAAAAUCUCCUACGGUCCUUAAAUUAUACGAAAUUCUUACGUCGCAAGACAAAACUCAAAGAGAGUUGUACGUUGCCGGAGGAAUAAACAAACAAAGUUCUCAAAUGCACCCUUUAAUCUGUUAGGAUGUUUGGAAAAGACUUCUCACAACGUCGAAUAUGUUAUUGGUGAGGUAUACAAAGAAACAGUUGGUAGAGCUCAGAGGCCAAGACGAAAUCAAUGUUUGCUCAUACCUUGUUUUGUCUGCAGAUAACUGUUUUCUAUAGCAGGAAUAUAAAGUGUUAUAUAUAGUCAAUGGGUUUUUCGCAUAAAAACUCGAAACCUUUGGAACAAGGCCAAGCUAAGGGUUUGUUACAGAAGUUGUUAAUUACAGUUAUCAUUUUCUUUUAUUUUUUUUUGAAAUUCGCAAGUGGCUUCGACAUUUACAUAUCACGGCUUUCCGAAUUGUGCAUAAAGGCAAACAUGUCUACCACAAUUUCAUUAUGCCGAGAAAUCAGUUUAAAAAGUUCCUUUAAUUACAGGUAACCAAUGCUGGGAGGGCUACCAAUAGAAACUGUUCUGUGGCAAGAACUGGCAGAAAAGCGACAUCCCACUUAAUAACACCGUACAACUUCACAAGAAUACGACUCUUCAAAUUACUGCCAUAAUUUCACGGGUCAUCUCUGCUGGCCAAAGCCUACAGCUUUUUGACCACAAGAGCAUAAACUACAGCAAAUGGAGUGAUACUGAGUUCUUCAAACGACGAGCGCUACAGCCGUCAGUGUGAUGGACAAGAAUGUCACUGGCCCGGUCUCACCGACCGAGAGUGGUAACUUUAUCGAGCCUGCGCCAAUGCGAUGGACUCUUCGUUUGAUAUUUAUCAUCGUUUUUAUUGUAGGAGUUAUCGGCAACUCUGUGGUCUGUGUGGCAGUCAUUCGACGCAAACGAAUGCGGACAAGCAAUAACAUUUUCACGUUCAAUCUCGCUCUUUGUGAUUUGCUCAACGUCCUGAUCUUCCUUCCGACGCAAAUGGCCGCUUUUGAGAAUGAUCACAAUUGGGCGACAGGAGACUUUAUGUGCCAUUUUACUUAUAUCCUUGUUCCACUGUGCUUAUCUGCAUCCAUCGGCACGCUUCUGGCAAUAACAAGCGAUAGAUACAGAGCCAUCGCUUUUCCCAUGAAACCACGACUAAGCGGCAAAAAGGUCAAGAUCAUUUUGGCAAUCAUCUGGAUCACUUCCCUAUUAAUCUGCUCUCCCUUGAUUUUUGUCGCUGGGGAGCAAAGACCUGCACCCGGGAAAGUUUACUGCGACGAGGAAUGGCCAGAACCUAUAUACGCCAAGAUUUAUUGGAAUUUUAUUUUUGUGAUCCAAUACGUUCUGCCCCUGGCAAUCAUAGUGGUUUUAGCUGUACUAAUCGCGGUUAAGAUUCGACAGAACAAUGCCAUGCAAAUGCUUCCGAAGAGUUCUCAAGUCAUUGCGGCUGCCGUCCGGCAAAGGAUGAAACAGACGUCAAAAAUAACCAACAUGCUUAUCGCUCUUGUAAUACUGUACGCAGUUUGUAUGCUUCCACAACACAUUGUUUUCUUAUGGUUUACCUAUGGCAACUUGGCAGGGUCGAAGUACUUCAUAUAUGUUCUUCGAUUUGCAAACGUUUUUCCAAUGGCGAAUAGCGCGCUGAAUCCCAUCGCAUACGGAACGCUAAAUAAAGAGUUUAAGAAAGUGUUUAAAAGUUUCUUUAACUGCGAGUGUCAUAAAACGGACACGGAUGUUUACAAAUCUUCUCCUAAAGCAAUCAAUAGAAUUCGAACAGGGAAGUUCAGAUUAGCAGUUUAUAAACGUGCCAACGAUUCAGAGAACUCUAGUUCCGAGACUGAAAAAAGGAGUCGGAAGUCGAGCCCUGAUGAUGUCGCUUCUUCAGUGAAAAGGAAGACAAUGCCCAAGUGGAAGAAAAAUGACGAUCAAGAAAUGAAAGAUCGAACAGCUGUUCCCAAUGGCUACUCGACACUGUCUAAAAACAAUACAAAGUCUAGUACGCUUUCGCACGGCUCGUCAAAAUGUAACGGUGAGGACGAACAGCGAAAUAUUACCCAUAUUCCUACAAAAGCGGAUUAUUCUCGUUUUCAGCAGCCACCUGAACACACUCGGAAGGAAGAAGAAGAGCAAUUAUUGUUAAAUAACGGGAUGAGCUCUGAAUAUGACGGAGAUGAAAGUGCUUCUUUUUCAGAUGAACAUGCGGAGCUGAAGACACAAGCACAAAACCAAAAGACUUUAAAAGAGACUACAGCACACCGCGAUGCUAAUAUAUAUGGUAAAGAGCUUGACUCGAACAAACUGCAUUCAAAAGAGAAUUUAAAAACUCAGUUGUUGACAAAGGAUGAUUUUGAAAAUGACUCCUUCAUGAAUUGCUGGGUUGAGGUGAACAAAAUAGACAAAAAACUGCUUUCUUACUUAAGUUCUUUAAAGGAAACAGAUCUCUAGAGUAUCUUCGCAAAGGAAAUUUGUUCAGUUUUUACCAGAUAGUACCCUUCGCUAAUUAAAAUGCAGUUUCGCUCCCGUGGUGGAAACUAAUAACAAGUCUAGCCUUGUGUAAACACGGUCCACCAAAUCUACGUUUUUAUUGACUGAAAAAUCUAAAGGGUCACUUUAAAAUUUUAAAUAAACUUUUUUAUAUUCAAGCUCAAAACAAAGAGAGCCGAAUGACAGGCACGCGAAAGGAAAAGUUGCUCUGUUUAAUAGUUUGGAUUAAUUAUAACGAACAAUACAACUGAAGUCAAAAAAAGAGAAUAUAUAGACGGAAUCUGUCGCGGUUUACUGGCAUAGUCAGUGCUUCACUCGCCUGUCUAGUCUCGAAUUAUUCCACAAUUCGGAAUGAUUUCAAGGAACAGCAGUUUCAUUUCCUUGAUGUUGGUCAAAACAUGUUUAUGUGUAAGCUAUAAUUAAGUUAUUAUUUCGCGUAAGUGACCAAGCGAGAUGUUAUGAAACCGCGUUGGAACAAUAAGCUGUAGUGCAAACAACUAUCCAACUUGCAAUAUAUUUCACGGUUGGGUAAAGCGUUAACAAGAAAUAAAUUAGGUUGUUGACCGCACUAAUGGGCGGUCUAACAACACCAUAUUACACAGUCAGAAAUGAAAUAUCACUUAUAGAAAAUGUUCUUAACAGAAUAUACAUCCUCAAUACUACAUUUGUAUAACGUCGAAGAAUGCUUAAUUUUGUUGCGACAUGGAACAAUACAGAUCAAACUCUCGAAAUAAACUCUUUUCGACAAACAUACCAUGUCGACAAGAUUAUCACUUGAGCAUAAAACACCCUGUUUUAAUAUCCUAGUUAUUUCUGGCAUUAUUUUUGCUAGCAAUUAAGUCAUUUAUUCCUUUGUCCUUUGACAAUUGCCCGAAAGCGAUCGAAGCGGCUGCUAAAUGUUUUUCAAAUGAUUUCUUUGGAGCAAUCAAAAUUGUUGUGGCAUGAAAAGCAAUCAGGCGCCAUUAUAAGUCACGCUUGAGGCCGAGAAAAGCCGCCAAAACUGUUUUAGUUUAAAAUAAUAUAGUGUAUGAUCUUGAUCAGCUGUCAGCAAGUUUGGUUGCUAUGUUACCUCAGUCGUUUAGCAGGCUUAUUUCAUUUCAAUAGAUUCCUUACGAAGCAAAGUGUGACUAUAGUGUGACCUGGCCUACAACCAGGUCCUCUCGUUAUAGAAAUGAAUUCACCGAGAAGAACAGUUAUCUAAUUCAAAGAAAACCUUCAUGAACCACUAAACGCCGUGCUGUUUACAUAGUUGGAAAAUAAGACAUUGCUCGGCCAAAAAAUUCAAACAAGUUCGUAUGACUGCCAGAAAGUCGGCAAACAUCCAGGUUGU